AUGGAAUCGGAGGAGGAGCAGCACAUGACCACGCUUCUGUGCAUGGGCUUCUCGGACCCCGCCACCAUCCGCAAGGCCCUGCGCCUGGCCAAGAACGACAUCAACGAAGCCGUGGCGCUGCUCACCAACGAGCGGCCGGGCCUCGACUACGGUGGCUACGAGCCGAUGGACAGCGGUGGCGGCCCCAGCCCCGGGCCCGGCGGGGGCUCGCGGGGCGACGGCGGCGGCGGCGGCGACGGCCCCUCCCGCGGCGGGAGCACCGGAGGCGGCGGCGGGUUCGACCCCCCGCCCGCGUACCACGAGGUGGUGGACGCCGAGAAGAAUGAUGAAAAUGGAAACUGCUCAGGGGAAAGAAUUGAAUUCCCUACAACAAAUUUAUAUGAACUGGAAAGCCGCGUUUUGACAGAUCACUGGUCCAUACCUUACAAGCGGGAAGAGUCACUAGGCAAAUGCUUGUUGGCGUCUACCUACCUAGCAAGACUUGGUUUUUCCGAGUCUGAUGAGAAUUGUAAAAGAUUUAUGGAUAGGUGUAUGCCUGAAGCAUUUAAAAAGCUCCUGACAUCAAGUGCUGUUCACAAGUGGGGUACUGAAAUUCAUGAAGGGAUCUACAACAUGCUGAUGCUGCUAAUAGAACUGGUUGCAGAGAGAAUGAAACAAGAUCCGAUCCCCACUGGGCUGCUGGCUGUGCUUACAAUGGCUUUCAAUCCUGAUAAUGAAUACCAUUUUAAAAACAGAAUGAAAGUGUCUCAAAGGAAUUGGGCAGAAGUAUUUGGAGAGGGGAAUAUGUUUGCUAUUUCACCUGUAUCUACUUUCCAAAAGGAGCCUCAUGGAUGGCUUGUGGAUUUGGUAAAUAAGUUUGGAGAAUUAGGUGGAUUUGCGGUAAUCCAAGCCAAGCUCCAUUCAGAAGAUAUAGAACUUGGGGCAGUCUCAGCACUAGUGCAGCCCUUAGGGGUGUGUGCAGAGUACCUCAAUUCCUCAGUGGUACAGCCCAUGCUAGACCCAGUCAUCCUUAAUACAAUCCAGGAUGUGCGGAGUGUGGAGGAAAAGGACCUCAAAGACAAGAGAUUGGUUAGCAUCCCUGAGCUCUUGUCUGCCAUCAAGUUACUUUGCAUGCGCUUCCAGCCGGAUCUGGUGACCGUCGUGGACGACCUUCGACUAGACAUCCUGCUGCGCAUGCUGAAAUCACCACAUUUCAGUGCCAAAAUGAAUUCCCUCAAAGAAGUAACCAAACUCAUAGAAGAUAGCACUUUAUCCAAAUCUGUGAAGAAUGCUAUAGAUACAGACAGAUUGUUAGACUGGCUAGUUGAAAACUCAGUUCUGUCAAUCGCAUUGGAAGGCAACAUAGACCAAGCACAAUACUGUGACCGUAUAAAGGGAAUUAUUGAACUCUUGGGCAGUAAACUGUCAUUAGAUGAGCUCACUAAAAUUUGGAAGAUACAGUCAGGACAAUCAUCUACUGUGAUUGAGAACAUUCAUACUAUUAUUGCUGCAGCAGCUGUCAAGUUUAAUUCAGAUCAGCUUAAUCAUUUGUUUGUUCUUAUUCAGAAGAGCUGGGAGACUGAGAGCGAUAGAGUGAGACAGAAGCUAUUGAGCCUUAUUGGACGAAUAGGCCGGGAAGCUCGCUUUGAGACCACUUCUGGAAAGGUGCUGGAUGUGCUCUGGGAACUGGCUCAUCUCCCCACGCUGCCCAGUAGCCUUAUUCAGCAAGCUCUGGAGGAGCACCUGACAAUCCUUAGUGACGCGUAUGCAGUGAAAGAAGCAAUCAAGAGGAGCUACAUAAUUAAAUGCAUAGAAGAUAUUAAAAGGCCUGGAGAAUGGUCAGGUCUGGAUAAAAACAAGAAGGAUGGAUUCAAGCAAGGUGGGCUGACUGGGAAUUAUGUCUCCCUGCCAGGCUACACAGAAACUAAGCAAAGGUCAUCUCAGAUUAACAAUCCCCAGUUUGUAUGGGUGGUACCAGCUUUGCGUCAGCUACAUGAAAUCACCCGCUCAUUCAUAAAACAAACCUAUCAGAAGCAAGACAAGAGCAUUAUUCAAGACUUGAAGAAAAAUUUUGAAAUAGUAAAACUGGUAACAGGAAGCUUGAUAGCUUGUCAUCGACUUGCAGCAGCCGUGGCUGGACCUGGAGGCUUAACUGGUUCAACACUAGUGGAUGGCCGAUAUACCUACCGGGAGUAUUUAGAGGCCCAUCUUAAAUUCCUGGCAUUUUUCUUGCAAGAAGCUACUCUGUAUUUGGGUUGGAAUCGUGCCAAGGAAAUCUGGGAGUGUCUUGUGACUGGCCCGGAUGUUUGUGAAUUAGAUAGAGAGAUGUGUUUUGAAUGGUUUACAAAAGGGCAACAUGAUCUUGAGAGUGAUGUUCAGCAGCAGCUCUUCAAGGAGAAAAUUCUUAAAUUGGAGUCAUAUGAAAUCACUAUGAAUGGGUUUACCUUAUUUAAGACUUUCUUUGAGAAUGUGAAUCUGUGUGACCACCGAUUGAAAAGACAAGGAGCUCAGCUGUAUGUCGAAAAACUGGAAUUGAUAGGAAUGGAUUUCAUUUGGAAAAUAGCCAUGGAAUCACCUGAUGAAGAAAUUGCUAAUGAGGCUAUUCAGUUAAUUAUAAACUACAGUUACAUUAAUCUAAAUCCUAGGCUAAAGAAGGAUUCUGUAUCAUUACAUAAGAAAUUCAUUGCUGAUUGCUACACAAGAUUAGAAGCAGCCAGUUCAGCACUUGGGGGCCCCACUCUGACACACGCUGUGACCAGAGCAACGAAAAUGCUGACAGCGACUGCCAUGCCAACUGUAGCCACAUCAGUCCAGUCUCCUUACAGAUCCACUAAACUUGUAAUAAUUGAACGAUUACUGCUUCUGGCAGAACGUUACGUGAUCACUAUAGAGGAUUUUUACUCUGUUCCCCGAACUAUUCUACCUCAUGGUGCCUCAUUCCAUGGACAUCUUUUAACUCUUAACGUUACUUAUGAGUCUACCAAAGAUACCUUCACUGUAGAGGCUCACAGUAAUGAAACUAUAGGGAGUGUCCGGUGGAAGAUAGCCAAGCAGUUGUGCUCUCCAGUGGACAGUAUACAGAUAUUUACAAAUGACAGUCUGCUGACAGUGAAUAAAGAUCAAAAGCUACUCCACCAGCUGGGCUUCUCUGAUGAACAAAUCCUCACAGUGAAGACUUCUGGCAGUGGGACACCAUCUGGGAGCUCUGCAGAUUCCUCAACCAGCUCCAGCAGCAGCAGCAGCGGGGUGUUCAGCUCAUCAUACGCCAUGGAACAGGAGAAAUCCCUCCCUGGUGUGGUGAUGGCUCUUGUGUGUAAUGUAUUCGACAUGCUUUACCAGCUGGCCAAUCUGGAGGAGCCAAGGAUAACUCUACGAGUACGAAAGCUUCUGCUCUUGAUACCUACUGAUCCAGCCAUUCAGGAAGCCCUUGAUCAACUUGAUUCUUUAGGAAGAAAGAAAACAUUGCUAUCUGAAACAAGUUCUCAGUCUUCAAAGUCUCCAUCCCUGUCUUCUAAGCAGCAGCAUCAGCCAAGCGCCAGUUCAAUUUUAGAAAGUCUGUUUCGAUCUUUCGCUCCAGGAAUGUCCACCUUCAGAGUGCUCUACAACUUAGAAGUUCUAAGCUCCAAACUCAUGCCAACAGCUGAUGAUGACAUGGCAAGAAAUUGUGCAAAAUCGUUUUGUGAGAACUUCCUCAAAGCAGGAGGUUUGAGUUUGGUUGUAAAUGUCAUGCAGAGGGAUUCCAUCCCAUCAGAAGUAGACUAUGAAACAAGGCAGGGCGUUUAUUCCAUCUGUCUACAACUGGCAAGAUUUUUACUCGUGGGACAAACAUUGCCAACCUUAUUGGAUGAAGACCUCACCAAAGACGGCAUAGAAGCACUUUCUUCUCGCCCAUUCCGAAAUGUCAGCCGGCAGACGAGCAGGCAGAUGUCCUUAUGUGGCACCCCAGAGAAGUCCUCCUACCGACAGGUGUCAGUGUCUGACCGGUCUUCCAUCAGAGUUGAGGAGAUCAUUCCUGCUGCACGAGUCGCAAUACAAACGAUGGCAGUCAGUGACUUCACGUCUACUGUGGCUUGCUUCAUGCGGCUGUCAUGGGCUGCAGCUGCAGGACGGCUUGACCUCGUUGGGAGUAGCCAACCGAUUAAGGAAAGUAAUUCUCUGUUUCCUGCUGGAAUUCGAAACAGACUCAGCAGUUCAGGAAGCAAUUGCAGCUCUGGAAGUGAAGGGGACCCAGUGGCCUUGCACGCAGGCAUCUGUGUACGACAGCAGUCCGUGUCCACCAAAGACUCGCUGAUUGCCGGAGAGGCUUUGUCCCUUCUUGUCACCUGCCUGCAGCUUCGGAGCCAACAGCUGGCCUCUUUCUAUAACUUGCCCUGUGUUGCUGAUUUUAUCAUUGACAUUCUGCUUGGAUCACCAAGUGCUGAGAUUCGCCGUGUUGCCUGCGAUCAACUGUAUACUCUGAGUCAGACAGAUACUUCAGCCCACCCAGAUGUGCAGAAGCCAAAUCAGUUUCUGCUGGGUGUGAUUCUCACUGCUCAGCUGCCUCUCUGGUCCCCAACCAGUAUCAUGCGAGGAGUCAAUCAGAGACUGUUAUCCCAGUGCAUGGAGUAUUUUGAUCUGAGGUGCCAGUUAUUAGAUGAUCUGACAACUUCAGAAAUGGAGCAAUUAAGAAUCAGCCCAGCUACCAUGCUUGAAGAUGAGAUUACCUGGCUGGAUAACUUUGAACCCAAUCGUACAGCUGAAUGUGAGACCAGUGAAGCAGACAACAUCUUAUUGGCAGGACACUUACGGCUCAUCAAGACCCUUCUUUCACUCUGUGGGGCAGAAAAGGAAAUGCUUGGUUCAUCACUCAUUAAACCAUUGUUAGAUGACUUCCUUUUCCGAGCUUCUAGAAUUAUUUUAAAUAGUCAUUCUCCAGCUGGCAGUGCCGCCAUCAGUCAACAGGACUUUCAUCCAAAGUGUAGUACAGUGAACAGCCGAUUGGCAGCCUACGAAGUCCUUGUCAUGCUGGCUGAUAGCUCACCUUCAAAUCUUCAAAUUAUUACCAAAGAACUACUUUCUAUGCAUCAUCAACCUGAUCCUGCUCUUACCAAGGACUUUGAUUACCUUCCCCCUGUGGAUAGCAGGUCCAGCUCAGGGUUUGUGGGGCUGAGGAAUGGUGGUGCUACGUGUUACAUGAAUGCAGUCUUCCAGCAGCUGUAUAUGCAACCUGGUCUCCCAGAGUCGUUACUUUCAGUGGAUGAUGACACAGACAAUCCAGAUGAUAGUGUAUUCUAUCAAGUGCAGUCUCUCUUUGGGCAUUUGAUGGAAAGCAAACUACAGUACUAUGUACCUGAGAACUUUUGGAAGAUUUUCAAGAUGUGGAACAAAGAACUUUAUGUGAGAGAACAGCAGGAUGCAUAUGAAUUCUUCACCAGUCUCAUUGAUCAGAUGGAUGAGUAUCUCAAGAAAAUGGGGAGAGACCAAAUCUUCAAGAAUACUUUUCAGGGCAUCUAUUCUGAUCAGAAAAUCUGUAAAGACUGUCCUCACAGAUACGAGCGUGAAGAAGCUUUCAUGGCUCUCAAUCUGGGAGUUACUUCCUGUCAGAGUUUGGAAAUUUCUUUGGACCAGUUUGUUAGAGGAGAAGUUCUUGAGGGAAGUAAUGCAUAUUACUGCGAAAAGUGUAAAGAAAAGAGAACAACAGUGAAAAGGACCUGUAUUAAAUCGUUACCUAGUGUCUUGGUCAUUCACCUGAUGAGAUUUGGAUUUGACUGGGAGAGUGGACGCUCCAUUAAAUACGAUGAACAGAUAAGGUUCCCCUGGAUGCUAAACAUGGAGCCUUACACAGUUUCAGGAAUGGCUCGCCAAGAUUCGUCUUCCGAAGUUGGUGAAAAUGGGCGAAGUACAGAUCAAGGAGGUGGAGGAUCUCCACGGAAAAAAGUUGCCCUGACAGAAAACUAUGAACUUGUCGGUGUCAUUGUACAUAGUGGGCAGGCGCAUGCGGGCCACUACUACUCCUUCAUAAAGGAUAGGCGGGGAUGUGGAAAAGGAAAGUGGUAUAAAUUUAAUGACACAGUUAUAGAAGAAUUUGACCUUAAUGAUGAGACCCUGGAGUAUGAAUGCUUUGGAGGAGAAUAUAGACCAAAAGUUUAUGAUCAAACGAACCCCUACACUGAUGUACGCCGAAGAUACUGGAACGCGUACAUGCUCUUUUACCAGAGGGUAUCUGAUCAGAACUCCCCCGUGUUACCAAAGAAAAGUCGAGUCAGCGUCGUACGGCAGGAAGCCGAGGACCUCUCUCUGUCAGCACCAUCUUCACCAGAGAUUUCACCUCAGUCGUCUCCUCGGCCCCAUAGGCCUAACAAUGACCGACUGUCUAUUCUAACCAAGCUGGUGAAAAAAGGUGAGAAGAAAGGACUAUUUGUGGAGAAAAUGCCUGUUCGAAUAUACCAGAUGGUGAGAGACGAAAACCUCAAGUUCAUGAAGAAUAGAGAUGUGUACAGUAGUGAUUACUUCAGUUUUGUUUUGUCGUUAGCAUCACUGAAUGCCACUAAAUUAAAGCAUCCAUACUAUCCUUGCAUGGCAAAGGUUAGCUUACAGCUUGCCAUUCAAUUCCUUUUUCAAACUUACCUACGAACAAAGAAAAAACUCAGGGUCGACACUGAAGAAUGGAUUGCCACUAUUGAAGCACUACUUUCAAAAAGUUUUGAUGCUUGUCAAUGGCUAGUUGAAUACUUUAUUAGUUCUGAAGGACGAGAAUUGAUAAAGAUUUUCUUGUUGGAGUGCAAUGUGAGAGAAGUACGCGUUGCUGUGGCCACAAUCCUGGAGAAAACCCUAGACAGUGCCUUGUUUUAUCAGGAUAAGUUAAAGAGCCUUCAUCAGUUACUGGAGGUACUGCUUGCUCUGUUGGAUAAAGAUGUCCCCGAAAAUUGUAAAAACUGUGCUCAGUACUUUUUCCUGUUCAACACUUUUGUGCAAAAGCAAGGGAUUAAGGCCGGGGAUCUCCUUCUGAAGCAUUCUGCCCUGCGACGCAUGAUCAGCUUCCUCCUCGGGGCCAGCCGGCAGAGCACCCAGAUACGUCGGUGGAGUUCUGCACAAGCACGAGAAUUUGGGAACCUCCACAAUACAGUGGCAUUGCUCGUCCUGCAUUCAGAUGUCUCUUCCCAGAGGAAUGUUGCUCCGGGUGUAUUUAAACAACGGCCGCCUAUUAGCAUUGCCCCCUCAAGCCCCUUGCUGCCCCUCCACGAGGAAGUCGAAGCCCUGUUGUUCUUGUCUGAAGGGAAACCUUACCUGUUAGAGGUAAUGUUUGCUCUGCGAGAGCUGACGGGCUCACUGCUGGCGCUCAUCGAGAUGGUGGUGUACUGCUGUUUCUGUAACGAGCAUUUCUCCUUCACCAUGCUGCAUUUCAUUAAGAACCAACUAGAAACAGCUCCACCCCAUGAGUUAAAGAAUACAUUCCAGCUACUUCAUGAGAUACUGGUCAUCGAGGAUCCCAUACAAGUGGAACGAGUCAAGUUUGUGUUUGAGACAGAAAAUGGAUUACUAGCUCUGAUGCAUCACAGUAAUCAUGUGGACAGCAGCCGCUGCUACCAGUGUGUCAAGUUUCUUGUAACUCUUGCUCAAAAGUGUCCUGCUGCUAAAGAAUACUUCAAGGAGAAUUCCCACCACUGGAGUUGGGCUGUGCAGUGGCUGCAGAAGAAGAUGUCAGAACAUUAUUGGACACCGCAGAGUAACGUCUCUAAUGAAACAUCAACUGGGAAAACCUUUCAGCGAACAAUUUCAGCUCAGGACACGCUGGCAUAUGCCACAGCACUGCUGAAUGAGAAGGAGCAGUCAGGGAGCAGCAACGGGUCGGAGAGCAGUCCUGCGAACGGGAGUGGAGAGAGACUCUUACAGCAGGGUUCUGAAUCACCCAUGAUGAUCGGUGAGUUAAGAAGUGACCUGGAUGAUGUGGAUCCCUAGGGGCCAUGCCCAGCACGCGAUGAGCAGUCAUGUCAUGGUUACUGGAUGCUCAGCACCUUCUUGAAAUCAGAAUCUCAUUCUUGAACCCUUUAGCAGAGCCCAGAGGCUGGACUGGGAGAACCUACCAUGAGAGGAGGAGCCCGUGUUUUUAAGGAACGCACUCUCAGCCCCCGGGGGAAGGCCUGGGAGCUGUUUGGCAGUGGGAAUACUCCAGCCUGUGGAGUUAGCUUACCUGGGGCAUGGUCCAUGUGUGGACUGACAAUUCUGUACAGAUUUUAGGAAGUAAAGCUGGUGGCAGACUGUUUUGUUACAUGAACAUACAGGAGUGAGUGAAGAUAAAACUGUUGCUUUCUCUAUGAUGCUACAAAAGAAAUUCCUUUGGUUUUUAUAUUGAAAAAAAAAAAAGCAAGCUGCCUUUAGAUAUAUGGGGGCGAAUUUUUAAUCUUGCAGUAACAUUGAAUAGAAAUAUCAAGUUUAAAAUGAUGUAAAAAUAUGUGAUAAAAAUUCCUUUUCACUGUAAAAUAGUAGUUAAAGAAUUCAAUUUACACAGACCUUUGUAUUUAAUAUGUCUCCCUAUUUGUAUAGAAUUUCAGGUGGGUCUGGAUGAGAGCCCUGGGCAUAAACUUGGAUCUUAAUGAAAUGUUACCAGGAUCAAAAAUUGGGAAAUUAAGCUCUUUAAGGUAUUUUUCUGAUAAAAUUGAGAUUGAAAGAGCAAUAAGAAAAUGCUAUGUUCUCUAGAAGUAUAGAGUGCAUUCUUUGACAUCAAUCACUAAUUGUUCCCAAAACAAAUUUUACAAAGAGCAAAAUAAAAAGCACUUUAAGAUAUGAUUUUAUUGAGUUUGACUUCAUAAAAUCUUUUUAAUGCUUGGAGACAUAUUGAAUAAACUGUAGUCUUAAAUUAUGUGACCUGCAAUCAUUUGCUUUUGCUGGAAACUUAAUUACUAAAACCCUUAGUACUGGUUGUAUAUGAAGUUAAAUAUUUGAGUUGAGAGACACUGCUUUGUGAGUUUCUGGACAUUUUACCACAGAGAAGGAAUAGGAGACUUGAUUUCUCCUCAGCAUGAUUAAUUGACACUGAAAAGAUAAGGAUAAGAAAUGACUAGCAAGCCACUGAACAGCCACCCAUUUAGUUGUGUUGCCCAGGUCUUGGCACCAUUCACUCAUUUCAGGUUAGCUGCCAGCCCACUCCUUUUUCUGGAGUGGAGAGGGGAUGCCGACAUGGUUCAUAUAUUGUGUACCUUUGGGGUUCUGAGUCACUGCACACAUGUUCAAUCCUGUUUGUCUUUAGUUGCGUGCUCUGCCUUGUUCUGUGCUCCCACGCACAGGGUUAGGGGAGCCUCGGGAAGCACUGAGCGGCCCCAGUCAAGGGUCUGCAGAGUCAGAGAGGCGCAGAGGACCCAUGCCAGGGCUGACAGCUGCUCCUGCCGCACACCGCAGACUCUGUGGCCUCACUGCCGAGGUGCAGUUACAGUGCGGCCAGGCUGCAGUCUGUAAUGGCACGACUGGCCAGUGGUGAUGUCUGUCAAAGACACCAGCUGGGUGGAGGGCCAACACCUCAGAGCAGAGCUGCGCCCCAGAGAAAGGGUCAGAGGUCUUCGGCAGAUUUUAUGUGAUUCUGAUGUUCUUGCAAAUUCAAAUGUGAUGUUUUAAAGUGGAUUUUUGAGUCCAUGAAUACCCACGCCCUGCUGCCCCCCCACCCUCUCUCCGCCCUCCUCCUCACAAAGCAACCCCGCGGGAUGUGACCUUGAAAUGCCAGCCACAAGGAUAUGGCGCUGGCAGCUGCACUCAGGAGCCCAGAUUCAGGAGUGAAAUUGCCACUUCUGUCCCUUAUUUCCUAUGGAAACAAUGCCUUCCACAGCCCCCAGCACCUACUAUCCUCACAGUAGCGUUCAUCGGGACCAGGACCACCCGUCGCUGACACGAGGCACCCUGGUUGGUUUUGCUCACGUUGUUGCUGCAGUGAACAUCACUUUCCCUUUGCCAGUAACCUUGAUUUCCCCAUGGCUGCAGUCUACCAACCUGCUGAUGACUUUUUUUUUAAUGUCAUACAACAAAGUGACAAUUACAACAGGCUUACCUUGGAAGAGGUUCAUUUUUACUGCCAAUCUUUUUGGAUGAAGAUGUUUUUAUAAAUCUUUCAAAAUGGUCUGCAAGUUGAAUAGGAAUUGCACAACUAAACCCAAUGCUGUGUGUCCUCAAGAAGCUCCCUUCAUGAGAUCCUUCUUAGGAUGGCCAAGUCAGUCCCUUAGAGACGUUCUGGGAAAGAAAGCAAAGGAGCCUUCGGACAGGCACCCCAGCCUGUGACUUCCCCUGGAGCCCAUACUUGGGCCCAGAGCACAUGUCACCAGACUCACCCUAUACACCUUCCCUGCGAACAUCAAGGUGUGUGCAGUUACCUUUUGAGCUUGGAACAGGCAGACUGGAAUUUUCCUCUGCUACCUCUUGUGUACAAAAUCUUGUUUAUACAAUUUCAAAAAGAAGUAGAUAAACUAAGGAAGAAAUUUCAUUCUAAAUUUGGUUCACUGAGUGGCAGAGUUCUUAGCUUCUAAAGGUAUAAAAUAAAUUUUUCAAAAACAGA